AUGCCGCGCUCAACGUCUCAAACACCGCUGUUCGGCCGCAUCUCCCAGAGCUCCCAACAUGUUCACGAACAGACAUCCCUUCUGCCAUCCCAGCCUGACGCCGGCCGUGUCCGAAGCCGAGCCCCUGGCGUGGCACGAAUGGAAAUAGUGGCAUCGCAACUUACGACUGCAGAGCGAGCAUGGCUUUUCUUUGGGAUAUUCCUCGUCGGGUAUGCCUAUGGUCUCGAGAGCCAAGUCCGUUCAACCUACCAGCCGUACGCUACCUCUUCCUUCUCCCUACACUCGUAUCUGUCCACCAUCAAUGUGCUCCGAAGCGUCAUCGCCGUGGCCGUCCAGCCGACAGCGGCCAAAAUCGCAGACAUAUUUGGCCGUUUUGAAAUCGUAGUGGCGUCCACCCUCUGCUACGUUGUCGGCAUGGCCAUUGAGUCCACCGCCUCAUCCGUGUAUGCCUUUUGCGUCGGCGCCAUCAUCUAUCAGGUCGGAUACACUUGCAUCGUGCUGCUGCUCGAGGUUCUCGUUGCCGACUUCUCAUCUAUGCGAGCCCGCGUGUUUUUCAGCUACAUACCUGCCUUGCCCUUUGUCGUCAACACCUGGAUUAGCGGCAACGUGACGUCUGCCGUCUUGGCCGUGACCACUUGGCGCUGGGGUAUUGGCAUGUGGUGCAUCAUCUAUCCCAUUUGCUCCUUGCCCCUGAUUACCACCUUGUACAAGAUUGACCGCCGAGUCUCGCUGCCGAAGCACGGUGCGCCCAAGAACUUCCGCGACAGAUGGAACUUUUUGGGGCUCGGAAAAUCGACAAAGGGGCUGGCGGACCAGCUCGACGUCGUUGGACUCGUCACCAUGGUUGGAGGAUUCAGCUUUAUACUCGCACCCGUCUCCAUUAUUGGAACGACGACUGAGCACUGGAGGAACCCCUAUGUCAUUUUGUCGCUCGGCAUCGGCUUCGUCCUUGUGCCGAUAUUCAUCAUUUGGGAACGCCGCGGUGCCAAGACGCCCCUUGUGCCUUUCCACCUUUUGACCGAUCGCGGUGUCUGGUCUGCCCUCGCUGUUCGAAGCUUGCUGAACUUUGCCUGGUAUGUCCAGGGCAACUACUUGUACACGGUCCUCAUCGUGGCGUUCGACUUUUCCAUCGGCACGGCGACCCGCAUUCUGUCUUUUUAUUCCUUCUUUGGCGUUAUAAGCGGCGUCAUCGUAGGCCUCGUGGUCUACAGAGUUCGACGACUGAAAGCCAUCAUUGUCGGAGGCACGAUUCUGUUCACCGUUGCCUUUGUCGUGCUUUACAACUUUCCCGGGGGCGCGACGGCUCGCUCGCACGCCGGCAUCAUUAGCGGGCAGGUCCUCAUGGGACUUGCCAGCGGCCUCUUUGCGUACCCAACACAGGCGUCUAUCCAGGCGUCGGCGACUCGCGACCACGUUGCGAUCCUGACCGGCUUGUACCUGUCGUUUUAUAACGUCGGCAGCGCCUUUGGCACCUGUUUAGCUGGCGCUAUCUGGAGCCAAGCCCUGUAUCCCACGCUGAAACAGAACCUGGCCUUUCAACCAAACGAGACGCUUGCUCGGGACAUUUAUAAAUCACCAUUUCCCAUAGUGGCACAGUACCCCGUUGGCACGGAAAUUCGAAGCGCCAUUAUCGAAAGCUACAAGUCGGUACAGCUGCUGCUGUGCACGGCGGGAUUGUGUCUGUGCAUACCAAUGAUUGCGUUUGCCCUGGCACUGAGAAACCCCAAGCUUUCGGAGCGGCAGGUGCAAGAGGAUGCGCUCGAGACAGAUGAGGAGAAUGCAUGA